AUGGCAGCACAACAACAAUUUUCUUAUGGAGUGUGGUCCCUGAUAUUUUCCAUGUUGGAACCUUUUGAUAAGAGAUCUAAUGAAGAGAAUUUAAUAAUGGAAAAUAUUAAGAGUUGGACUUGUUGUAGGAGCCGAUCAAGAUCAAUUCAUGAUGGUUUGAAAUAUGGAAUAACAAGAUUGGAUUUGUCGGGAUGUGUUUCUUUGCCGAGGAAAAAGAUGGUUGCUCGUGCAAUUAAUCAAAUUGUGAAUGCUAAUUCCGUUACUAGUAAUGGAGUAAUGAUAAAGACUUAUGAGAGAUGCUCAUGGAAUGAUGAAGCCUUGAUCAAUAGUAGUGAUUUGCUUAGGAUGGAAUUAGAGAGACAGGACAAGAUUUGUGAAUUAUUGGUAAAAUAUUUAAUUGAAAACUUUGCUUGUUUGACAGAAUUGAACUUGAAUGGUUUGCAUCGAUUAAGACAAGAUCAAUUGGAGAGUAUUAGUUUUAAUGAACUAAAAAGUCUAUCAAUUAGCCAUUGUAGAAAUGUGAAACAAUUAAAUCUAGACAAAUUUGGAAAAUUGGAAAGGAUUUCAAUUCAUGUAUCACAAAUUGAGUUGAGAAUUAACUUGUUGGAGCAGAUUGCAAACAAAGAGAAUGAAAACUCUGAGAGAAUUCCAGAGCUUGUUGUUGAUGAUGAAGGAGGAUAUGAGGUGAUUAUUAGAAAUUGGUUGAGUCAAGCAACAAUUCCCAUCCAUAUAUAUAUUGAUUAUUCUUACAGGACAAUUGAUUUGGAACGAGUGUGCGAACGUUCAAGGGAUGUUAGUAUGAUUAAACUUAUAUUCGCAGGAAAGGCAUUGGAAAACGAAAGGUACUUGGUGGAUUACAGCAUUACCAAGGGCACAACCUUGCAUUAUGUUAAACCUUGA